AUGAGUCGUAGCACUAAGACUACGAUUACCUCUUCUUCAGUUGUUGGUGGCGGUGGAGGACGUAGCUCUAGUGGAGGUGGUGGUGGAGGACGUAGCUCUAGUGGAGGUGGUGGUGGGCAUUCUUCAAGCUCCACUAGAAGGAUAACCAGUGGUGGAAGCUUUUCUGGUAGAAGUUAUGGUGGAGGAGGUUCCAGAUGUGAUUACGGAGGGAGAAUAAGCUAUGGUGGUUAUGGAGGAGGAAUAAGCAGUGGCAGUUGUGGAGGGGUAAUAGGCGGUGGUAGUUAUGGAGGGGGAAUAAGCGGUGGUAGUUAUGGAGGGGGCUUUGGAUCAAGUUGUGGUGGCUUCGGGGGAUUUGAUGGCGGUUAUGGAGGUGGCUUUGGUGGAGGUGGCUUUGGUGGAGUUGGUGGCUUUGGUGGAGCUGGUGGCUUUGGUGGCGAUGAUACUGGUAUCCUCUCCAACAACGAAAAGAUAACCAUGCAGAACCUUAAUGACCGCUUGGCUACUUACCUGAAUAAGGUGCGAGCUUUGGAAGAAGAAAAUGCUAAUCUUGAGAAUUUAAUCAAGGAAUGGUAUCAGAAGAAAGGUCCAAUUGCUACAUUAAAGGACUACAGUCGCUAUUAUGGAGAAAUUGAACAACUUAACAAUGAGAUUGUUAAUUCAUCUGUGGAGGUUAACAAGGUCAUUCUGAAUAUUGAUAACACUAGGAUGACUAUUGAAGACUUUAAACUGAAAUAUGAGACUGAAUUGGGUCUCCGCCAGAAUGUGGAGAGUGAUAUUAAUGGCUUACGCCCCCUGUUGGACCAGCUGACCCUAACCAGGUCUGACCUGGAAUUAGAGUUUGAAUCCCUGAAGGAGGAACUGAUUUCUCUCAAGAAGAACCACGAGGAGGAACUUAAAGGACUGCAACCACAGGCCAGUGGUGAUGUUAAUGUGGAGGUCAAUGCUACUCCAGGCUACGAUCUGACGGAAAUACUAAAUGACUUGAGAAGAGAAUAUGAGCAUAUCAUUGAGAACAACCGUAAAGAGGUGGAAAAAUGGUAUGAAACCAAGAUUUCAGAAGUUAAUCACGAAGUCCACUCGAGUGGUCAGGACAUAGAGUCAGGCAACAAACAGAUCACAGAGCUGAGACGUGAAUAUCAGAACGUGGAAAUCGAGCUGCAGUCCCUCAUCAGCACGGUACAGUCUUUGCAGUCCUCCUUGGCUGACACAGAAGGUCGCUACAACAUACAGCUGAAUCAGAUCCAGACCAUUAUUGUCUCUGUGGAAGAAGAACUGGCAAGUAUCCGAUGUGAAAUAGAUAAUCAGAAUCAAGAGUACAGACUGCUCCUUGGCAUCAAGAACCAGCUGGAACAGGAGAUCGCUCAGUACCGGCAUCUACUUGAUGAAGGAAAUCAAGAAAUUAGUAUUUCACGAGAAGGAGGUGGCUAUUCUUCAGGAGGAGGAAGAGUCAUUGGAGGUGGAGGAUCAGGAGGCAGAACUGGAGGAAGUAGCAUUACUUAUGGAGGUAGCAUAGGAGGAAUAAGAGGAGGAAGUAUCACUGGAGGUGGAGGAUCAGGAGGCAGAACAGAAACAAGAGAAGGUAGUGUCCAUUAUGGUGGAGGUGGCACAGGAAGAGGAAGCAUCACUGGAGGUGGAGGAUCAGGAGGCAGAACAGAAACAAGAGAAGGUAGUGUCCAUUAUGGUGGAGGUGGCACAGUAAGAGGAGGUGAAAUUUGCUCAGGGGACGGAACAGGAGGAAGACCACAUGGUGUAACUGGAGGAGGGGAGAGAAUUUCAGGAGGUAGUAGUAGUUCUUCCCACUCCUAUUCAUCUUCCCAUGGCCACUCAUCUUCUCAACCAUCCAAGUCUGGUGAAGUCCACGCAUACUCAAGAAAAUCCUUUGAUUAA